UCAAUCCACCUGACUGGUGUGGCAUUUCAAGAAGCUGAUUAAACAGCAUGAUCAUUACACAGGUCUUCAAUUGUCUACCAUAAGCCGUCUCCAGCAUCGUUUUAGAGCAGGGUUUCCCAAACUCGGUCCUUGGUGCCCCCCCUGGGUGCACGUUUUGGUUAUUGCCCUAGCACUACACAGCUCAUUCAAAUAACAAACUCAUCAUCAUGCUUUGAUUAUUUGAAUCAGCUGUCUAGUGUUAGGGGCAUUAAAAAAAGUGCACCCAGGGGGGGCCCCAGGACCGACUUUGGGAAACACUGGUUUUAGAAAAUUUGGCACUACGUCCAACCGGCCUCACAACCGUAAAACACAUGCACAACCGCAAACCACUCCGACCCAGGACCUCCACAUCCGGCUUCUUCACCUGCGGGAUCGUCUGAGACCAGCCACCCGGAGAGCUGAUGAAACCGGGUUUGCACAACCAAAGAAUUCCUGCACAAACUGUCAGAAACCGUCUCAGGAAGCCCAUCUGCGUGCUCGUCGUCCUCACCAGUGGACAAAUGCUCACCUUCAAUGGCCACUGGCAUGCUGUAGAAGUGUGCUCUUCACGGAUGAAUCCCAGUUUCAACUCUACCCGGCAGGUGGCAAGGGUCGCAAGCAUCUGGACACAAUUCCUGUAAGCUGAAAAUGUCCCAGUUCUUCUGUGGCCUGCAUACUCACCAGACAUACCGUAUCACCCAAGGAGCAUGGUUGGGGUGCUCUGAAUCAACGUGUACGACAGUGUGUUCCAGUUCCCGGGAAUAUCCAGCAACUUCGCACAGCCAUUGAAGAGGAGUGGGACAACCUUCCACAGGUCACAAUCAACAGCCUGAUCAACUCUAUGUGAGGCAAAUGGUGGUCACACCAGAUACUGAAUGGUUUUAGGAUCCAUGCUCUACCUUUUUUUUUGUUUAAAGGUAUCUGUGACCAACAGAUGCAUAUCUAUAUUCUCAGUCAUGUGAAAUCCAUACUGUAGAUUAGGGCCUAAUUUAUUUAUUUCAAAUUGACUGAUUUCCUUAUAUGAUCUGUAACUCAGUAAAAAAAUGAAAUGGUUGCAUGUUGCGUUUAUAUUUUUGUUCAGUGUAAUUAAUGUUCUUGGAUAAAUCAAAGUUCUUUUGUGCAAAAUAUAUUAGAGGAAUCUAACCUGAAUUGUGUGUGUUUUUCUGCUUGUCAGAUUAAUUAAAUGUUUUAAUGACUGAGCCUAGAGAAAAUUGAGGUGGCUGUGCGAAGGCAUGUCUGUACUAUUGUACAUCAUUGUGUAAGAAGGGUAAAAAAGCUUGUAAUUUAUUAUAUUUAGUGGCGUAGGUAGAUGAUUAUGAAACACUGACUGUUAAUUUGGACCUAAACAAUAGAAAAUAUCUAGAGUGUAAAUUACAUGUAAUUAAUGACAAAGUAAUGUGUAUUACAGAAGUAACCUUAGUUUACUUUUUUCCUAGCUGGCUCUGAAAAUGCCCAUUAUUGAUUGGGUGGAAUAAAGCAAUUAUUUGUACCUUUUCAAGGUUAAACUGAAACAUUCGAAUGGCAUCGAUGGACCAUAUUUAGAAAUAAACUCCAAAAAGUCCCUUAUAGUAAUGUCUAAUAGGUUCACAAUCUGUAUCUGUGAACUGUUAAGCUAAUGAAAUUAUGUAUAGCCUUUCACUAAAACACAAGAUUUUACAUGAUCUGGCUGUAGCUUCAAGUUUAAAUUGGCUUAAAAAUGACAUAUUCACUAAUAUCUCUGUGUUUAUAUGGUUUGUGUUGUCUGUGUGAGAGAGAGAGAGAGAGAAAGGGAUGGAUGGGUGGUUGCCUCCUUUCUUUGUUAUCUCAACCACUCUUUAUCACCUAUUGGUGCAUGGUAGUCCCGCCUUGGGAAAUAACCUGAUUCAAUGAACUAACGCGAUUAUUAAUGUUGUUUGCCAUGUUGUAUUGUGCGCAUAAUGAAACAUUCUGUGAUAUUUCUAUUGCCAUUUUUCAUACAUUUGAAGACUUAUUGAACCAAGAAUAUUGUGAUCAAUCCACCCUAAUGUGAUGAUGUUCUGAGUAAAUGAAAGAUGAAAGAUUCACUAACGUUAUAUUGAUGUUAAUUCAUUUUAAUACCGCUUAUAAUACCAAGCAGUUUUUCUUUUAUAAUAAUUGUUUUCUUAUCAGGAGCACAUACAUUCAUUUAUCAAAUAAACCUUCAUAUGCAUCCCUCCAACGCUCCCUCAUCGCAGCUCCUCCUACAGAAUAUUCUGUUAGGUUGCGCCCGGUGAGUUUUAUAGCAACUGUUGCCCAGUGAGGCAGCGCCAUAGUCACCGUAGUCCUGGCGACUGUAACCCACCAACAACAACAACCUUUCGUUCCAUCAUUGCCACCUCCACCAUCCUCACUUCAUCCUCAUCAACCAGUCCUCAGCCCAGGCGCCAUGCAGACCCCUGAGGCAGGCGCUGACUCCGCCUCCACUGUCCCUCUCCAGACCGCCGUGCCUGUGCAGCCCGCAGGCUCCGCCCAGCAGGUGACCUCUCAGGUGCCUGUCCAGCAGCAGACCCAGACUGUUCAACAGGUUCAGCAUAUAUACCCAGCACAGGUGCAGUAUGUGGAGGAGAACAGUGGCGUCUACACCAACGGAACCAUACGGACGUACUCGUACUCCGAGCCCCAGGUGUACAGCCAGAACAGUGGAGGGAGCUACUUUGACACGCAGGGCAGCUCGUCCGAGGUGUCUACAGUGGUGUCGUCCCAUGGCAUGGCCAACAAUGGAGGGGGGAACGGGGGUCUGACCAUGGGUCUGGCCGGGGGGCAGAUCAUCAGCAGCUCUGGAGCCUACCUCAUCGGGGGCAACUCCAUGGACAACUCUGCCCCCCACCCAGCCACCCAGACUACCCGAGCCUCCCCGUCCACUGUGAGUAUUGAAAUGGCGAUUGAGACGCUCCAAAAGACUGAAGGUUUAUCCAGUCAGAGAAGCUCGCUGCUCAACAGCCAUCUGCAAUGGCUACUGGAUAACUAUGAGACUGCGGAGGGGGUGAGUCUGCCUCGCUCCACCCUCUACAACCACUACUUGCGCCACUGCCAGGAGCAGAAAUUGGACCCGGUCAACGCCGCUUCCUUCGGCAAGCUCAUCCGCUCCAUCUUCAUGGGGCUACGCACGCGACGCCUCGGCACAAGAGGGAACUCAAAGUACCACUACUAUGGGAUCCGGCUGAAGCCGGACUCUCCUCUCAACAGACUGCAGGAGGACAUGCAGUACAUGGCCCUCAGACAGCAGCCUGUCCAACAGAAACAGAGGUUUAAGCCGGUGCAGAAGGUUGAUGGUGUGUCUGGGGAGAACUUCUCAGGCGGUGGCCAGCACACCCCCAGUGCAGCGGAGCAGACCGUCAUUGCACAGAGCCAGCACCACCAGCAGUACCUGGACGCAUCCCGGGCGCUGCCAGACUUUGUGGAGCUGGACCUGGGAGAGACCAACGUGGAGAACAUCGGCCCAGACGACAUCAAAGCUCUCCAGUCACUAUACAGAGAGCACUGUGAGGCCAUUCUGGAUGUGGUGGUGAACCUCCAGUUCAGUCUAAUAGAGAAGCUGUGGCAGACAUUCUGGCGCUAUUCCCCCUCUGACUUAGUGGAGGGCACCAUCAUCACAGAAAACAGUGGUAUGAGUGAGAUUGAGGGCCGUUUGCCCUGCUCCAGGCUGGUGGUGCUCUGUAGGAACGAGGCUGUGCUCAAGUGGAUGAGUUCCUGUGACCACCUGAUGUACCAGGCCCUAGUGGAGAUCCUCAUCCCUGAUGUCCUCAGACCCAUCCCCAGUGCCUUGACUCAAGCCAUCCGCAACUUUGCCAAAAGCCUGGAAGGCUGGCUCAACAAUGCCAUGAACGUCAUUCCACAGAGAAUGAUCCAGACAAAGGUUGCCGCUGUUAGUGCCUUUUCUCAGACGAUGCGUCGUUACACUAGUCUGAACCACCUGGCCCAGGCAGCCCGCGCCGUGUUGCAGAACACCUCCCAGAUCAAUCAGAUGCUCAGCGACCUCAACCGCGUCGACUUCGCCAACGUGCAGGAGCAGGCGUCGUGGGUGUGUCAGUGUGAGGAGGGUGUGGUUCAGAGGUUAGAGCAGGACUUCAAGGCCACCCUGCAGCAGCAGAGCUCUCUGGAGCAGUGGGCUGCCUGGCUGGACAACGUGGUCACCCAGGUCCUACAGCCCUUCGAGGACAGGCCCAGCUUCCCCAGGGCUGCGCGUCAGUUCCUGCUCAAGUGGUCCUUCUACAGCUCCAUGGUGAUUCGAGACCUGACUUUGCGCAGCGCGGCCAGUUUCGGCUCGUUCCACCUGAUCCGCCUGCUCUACGACGAGUACAUGUUCUACCUGGUGGAACACCGCGUCGCCCAGGCAACCGGCGAGACGCCCAUCGGUGUCAUGGGAGACUUUGAUGACCUCAACGCCAUGUCGCCUGCUUACAUGGACAAAGACGAGGUGAGUGAGAUGGACAGUGACCUGGAGGAGGACAUGGAGGAGUCUGGGGAGCCGCUGGCCAAGCGGGAGAAGGCUGAGUUGCAGCACGAGCACCAGGUGAUCCAGGUGAUUCAGGUGGGGGCUCUGGAGGACGGCUGUAACCCCGUGGUGGGGGUGGUGCAGCCGGGUAUCCUGCACUCCCUGCCCCAGCCCCCCCAGGACCACGCUGAGCACAUCCUCACCCCUUCUGCCGCCACCCCCACCAUCCGCCACUGCAGCGCCACCGGCAACACCUACGCCUCCGUCUGAAGAGAGAGACGCCCACAAACCACUCUUCUCUUGAUCUGUCUGUCUCUCCCUCUCUAUUUCAAUGGGUCACGCUGUCUCACACACACGUCUGCACUAUUUCCCUCUGUCAUGUGCUGUGUUUUCUCUGCUCUCCUCCGCCCCCAGGCCACUAGAGGACGAUGAAAAUCACCAUGACCACAGCCACUGGCGUCACACAAACCGUGGAUAGAUUAAGAGAGCUGGAUGUGAAUAGGAAUGUGGGCGGGCCGCCUCUGUCUGCUGUCAUCCCAUAUUUCUGUCCUCUGGGAGUGGAUGCUGGGUGAGGGAGGAGGAUUGGAAGGGGGGGGGUGACCCAUGAGAUGCUGCCAGAUGUGAGACACUGACUGACCCUAGCUGUGUAGAGGGGAGGGUAUAUAUUCAAAGCUCAAAUCCAAGCCACCAGCCCCAGAUGAGCGAUGUGAUUGAUUGAUAAGAGUACUCUUGGUUCACUCUUAGAUCGGGUUGUUUCGUAUAUAGUGCACAUAUAAUAAACAAAACAGAGGUGCUGUUCUCUCACAUUAGCAGAUAUUCCUCCCAAUCAUGAGGUGAUAUACGUUCUUACAGAGAAAGCAUUGACACAUUCCAGUUAAGGACAGAAUUGAGUUGAACGAUAUGAGAUUUUUUGUUGUUGUUGACUUUUUUGUGUAUUUCAAACCUUUGUUUAGAUAUGACAUUCGGUGAUGUAUGAUUGCUUGUGUUGUGGCAGCUGUUUUGCGUUCUAUGAUUUAUUGAAUAGUGUAUAAUCGUAGCCAUGAUCCCCUGAUAACCCCGAAUGGCUUCUAGCCGUGAAGUUUGUUCUGCCCAUGAAGAAAGACGGACUCUUAUGCGUGCUGCUACUCUAUAGAAACACGAGGCGAUACAGACGGACGGACUGGAUGUACUAUACCACUACAACACUAGCUUUUCUACGCACUUCAUGCAUCGUAUGGGAUGCUCUUGACUUAUUGCCUUGAUUUGGUUGGAUUUAGAUCCUGGAUAGUGUGAUAAAAAUGUAAUUAGUUAAGACUCGUAUAAUCUACCGACAUGUUCUUAGUGUGUGUGUGUUUGUAGUUUCUAUCUUGGUAGAUGUCUUAAGUUGUGAAUGGACCAAAAAAAACAAACCAACCAGAGGAAACUGGCAGAGAGUGAGAGCUAUCAUGGCCGCCACAGUGGUCCCGGCGAGGCUGCUGCGUGUCCCGUUUUCCUGUCCCAACAGUGCUGUGGGUGGUGUUGCAGAGCAGACUGAAUGUCAGGGAUUCUAUGUACCUCGGCUUCAUCCUAGUGCCUUAAUAACCCUUACUGCAGCUGUCCAUGUAGUUCUGACUGAUUAUGUGGUUGUGGGGAGGGAUAGUACAUUCUGCGUUAACUGUCCCAGCCACAGCUUUGGCCCUCUCUCUGGUGACUUGUGGCUGGAUUUGGGCUGGCUCGUUGGUGUUACUGAAGGCUGGGGAGGUGCAGGUUCAGAGGUGCUUGUAGUUUUCUCUGGAUUGUGCCGGUUCUAUUACUUUUUGUUUGUUUGUUCGGUUUCCCACUGAUGUGGGUGUGUUGCCUCGUUCCUGCUCUCACUCUCUCUCUCUCUCUCUCUCUCUCUCUCGAGGCCUGCUCCUGCUUUGGCAUGUGCAAUCGGGUGAAGCGUGCGCGUGUGCCGACGUGAGCGCUCGACCUGAUCGAGGAUGAUGGUUGCGCGUAACCGUUGUGGUUGUUGUGGAUGAAUGAGUCCGAGCGUGGGUUUUGCGCACACCCACUAGUCACCCUACCUCACACCAGCGGUGCCAGCCUUUUAACACAUGCAGCACGUCACCAAACCUUGUUCUCACACACAUAUGUAUCCUUACUACUCCCACGACACACCACAAUAACACUAUAUGCCUCUCACACUACACAGCUAAAAAUACACAUGGUCAUUUUAGCCCAUUCAGUCCUCAGUCCACAUCAUCAUCUCUUGUUCUAUCGGUUGUAAAGUGCAUUUUUGUAUAGUGGACCAAAAGUAGAUAUUUUCUGAUAUUUAAAGAUAUAUAUAUAUAUAGAUAGAUAGAUAUAUAUAAGGAUGAUACAAUACGUAUGUAUUCAUCUUUAUUUGUUUUGUUUUUCAUGUGGUUGAUCUGUCAUCCGUGGUUGUUUCGUUGGUAGUUAGCUCUUCUGUGAUUGGUCGAUUGACUGUGAAAUGGGCGGGGGCAUGGGGACCAGCUUCUGACGACACUGGAUACACAUUUUGUACUUGAACUGUUAUUGAUCGCUUUUAGGAAAUGGACAACACACUGGCAAAAGGUGUUGAACUGGAAGAAUCUUGUUGAUACUACUGAAAUUACUUUUCUGUUUUUUGUUUAACUCUCAUAUCAGGAGAACUGUAUGCACCAAUGCUUUGCCUAGACUUUAUUUAUUGGGAUUUAUUGUGCUUUUGUUUUACUAUUUGAGAAGUUAUUCUUAAGUUAUGCACACGUAUCCAUACCAGUCUUGAAAAUGAAAUUACACUAUAUAUACAAAAGUAUGUGGACAUCCCUUCAAAUCAGUGGAUUCAGCUAUUUCAGCCACACCCGUUGCUGACAGGUGUAUAAAACCAUCGAUCACACAGCCAUGCAAUCUCCAUAGACAAACGUUGUCAGUAGUUUGGCCUCACUGACGAGCUCAGUGACUUUCAACGUGGCACCAUCAUUUCCAACAAGUCAGUUCGUCAAAUUUCUGCCCUGCUAGAGCUGCCCCAGUCAACUCUAAGUGCUGUUAUUGUGAAGUGGAAACGUCUAGGAGUAACAACCACUCCGAAGUGAAGUGGUAGGCCACACAAGUUCACAGAACGGGAACACCGAGUGCUGAAGCGCGUAGCGCGUAAAAAUGGUCUCUCCUCGGUUGCAACACUCACUAACGAGUUCUAAACUGCCUCUGGAAGCAACGUCAGCACAAAAACUUGCCUGCACAGACCCUGACCUCAACCCCAUCGAACAUCUUUGGGAUGAAUUGGAAGGCUGAAUGCAAGCCAGGCCUAAAAGCCUUCCCAGAAGAGUGGAGGCUAUUAUAGCAGCAAAGGAGAGACCAACUCUAUAUUAAUGCCCGUGAUUUUGUAAUGAGAUGAACGCACCAAUUUGUAAGUCGCUCUGGAUAAGAGCGUCUGCUAAAUGACUUAAAUGUAAAUGUAAUGUUUGACGAGCAGGUGUCCACAUACUUUUGGUCUUGUAGUGUAUGAGUUCUGACGAUUUUUACUACUGAGAAACAAAAUUUACCUGCUAAAAAAAAUGGAAAUGAUGUUUUCAGAGGAUCAUGAAUUUAUUUUAUCUACAUUUUCUUUAGAUAUAUAUGGUACUUAGCAGAUUGUGCAUGUGUGAUUUACUUUAUGAGAAAGGGCCAUUCUACUGAUAAUGCCUUUUACUAGUUCACUGAAGAUAAAGUGCAUUCACUUUAGACUGAAAAGGCAAUUGACCUUGCUUACAGGUUAUUGAAGGCUUUGGGCAUUUGUUUACAUGUCAAACUCUGACCACACAGAAAUUACAAGAUCUUACUCAACCUGACUGUACAGUCAGUCACCUAACAUGUCAUUAGAGAUGGCUCUUGAACUUUGAACAUUGACCUUUUUGUCCGGAAAAUACUGAAGAUGUUAAGAUGAAUUGUGUAUUCAUUUGUGCCUGGAGUGCAAACAGCUUACAGAUGUGCUUUAGAAUCUUGAAAGUGCUUUUUUUGAUCUUGCAUGCCUUUUUGUGCUGCUAGAAUCUAUUGGUUCGUCUACUUUGUGUUUGGUUUUCUUUGGAAUAUGUGCCAGAUUGUAAAUGCUGUAUUCACUCUGCGACCUCAUCAAACCUGCCUGUUUCAAAACUGGACUCAAGCCAAUUCUGUCAACACAAAUUAUGUUGUAAUCAUAGAUAAUCAUUCACAAAAAGUAAUACGUUUAUUUGUUUGGAACAAAAAAUAUUAUAGGUCCUUCCCCAUAGUCUUACGUCACUGAUGGCUCCUGGCAACGUGUGGCGUUAAAGACAAUAGGGCCUUGAUUAAUUGAGCCCAUUUCUAACCUAAAAGGUUUGAUACAGCAACUACAACAACAAAAAAUGAAAAGGAAACAAUCUUGACAUCCUGAAAAACAUAUCAGCUAUUCUCAAACUGUCAGUUGGAAGUGGUGAGAAUACAUCAGCUUCACUGAUCCACAAGACUCCAGUGCCUUUAAUUUGACCCAGACAGCUGGGCCUAACGUCUCUGGUCUUACUCCAUGGCUCCAGACACAGGCUCUUUAGAGCAGACUUUAUGGAAGAGGUGAAAAUGGCUGCUCACAUGGAGAAGAGGAUAUGGGCCUAUGGGAUCGUACAGUCCUAUCCUUAAUUCUGACCUCAUCCAACUGACUACAGGUCAACUGUCGCUGACCAAUGACCAAACAUGACAGUUUACACUGGGUGGGGCAUUCUCCACAUAUUUGCUGUUGGAUGGAGCUUUAGGAGAGAACUACUACAGAUUUACAUUAUCACUAAACUAAGAGAAAUAUUGGAGUACUACUGGACUGGGAUAUUUGCCAAUGGCAACACUGUACUAUCAUUAUCAUUUCCUUUUGUUGUAUGAUAUUCACUGAUUGCUGUAUGGUGGCUUUAUUCAGUUUGAUUUUCAAUAUUUUCUUGAUCUAUUUUAAGUGCCAUUUGACGGUCUAGUGAGUUGUGGCCCACUGUAGCACGCUCUAAUGCAAGCACAAGCAUUUGGCAGUGGAUAUUAGGGAAACCUUUUCCUUGAACCCCUUUCCCCCUAAGAUGUAAAUAUAGACAAAAUGGGAAGAAAUAUUUAUUUGUCUCUUAAAUAUUUGUUUUGUUCUUUUUGGAUGAUUUUAUUUCAUCUGAUAUGUUGGCAAAAGUACUUUGUGAUUUCUCUUGUUUUGGAUAAUGUAUUGUAUUUAUAUAUACAUAUCAUGUGACUUUUUGUUUCAAGUUACGUCUUAGUAUAUACUAUCUUCUGAAAUUGGCAAGAGAAAACCGAUAAGUGUAGGGUGAUUUGUAAUGUGUAUUUUACAUAAAAGAUGAAACUGUGGAACUUUUAUAUUUAUAAAGGCAUAUUAACAUUAAGGCCAAGGGCUCUAUUCAAUUUAAAGGCAAUGUUCCCACGUUAGCGGAGACUGCAUUCACGGUAAACGCUGCAUACGUCGGCUCAAUCGGAAAUAACUUUUACAGUUCUAUCGCGCAAUCUGUAAAGCUUCAGCGAUAGAUUGAAUAGAGCCCUCAGUGUGUCGUAAUGAUGGAAAUAUAGGAACUAUUAAAGACAUGUAGUUUGGUUUUCUGAAUAUUUCAGACUUGAGCUCAGGCUAGCUUAGUGUUGUUUUCUUAAUUUGUGGCUUGUCUUUAAAUUAAUAAACUUUUUCUUGUUAAAAAUAA